GGCUAAGACAUUUAAUAUUUUCAGACUCACGGUUAUAUCCGGUCAAAGGCGGAAGUAGGCGGGGCCUACAUCUCAAACCUGCUCCGUCAUUGGUUGAAAGCCUCCCAAAUGUUUUGGUUUAAAUAAAUGGCUGCGAAGCUCGACUCAACGACAGCGAUAAUAAUAAUAAUACGAACUCCGCUUUCUAUUCUACGAGCGCAAUUGACACAAGAAGGAAUAAGAAGGAAUCGCACGUGAUUAAUUGCUCGACCGUCUAUCGGCGCAGGGGAAGAAGAUGGUGACCAAGAGGAUCCGCUCGGAGUACAUGAAGAAAUUUAAAGACCCCAAAUGGGAGACUUACGCGAAAUGUUACGAAGAGAUGCUGAAGUACAGGCUGGCUCGCAGACUCUUGGAGCAAUCACACAACCCCUGGUUCUGGAGUGGAUCUGACAGUGACUCGGAUUCCGUGGGAGGAAAUUCACCUCAGGCCAGCAGGAGUCAGGCUCAGUGUUGUGGGAAAGGUGAUGACCCUGCAGGGACCCAGCUGGAAGAGUGCCAGGCGGCCGAGGCUGAUGUACCAAGACUUCCUGUCAUGGAGAAGGACGAACAUGAUCGCCAUGCUCAGGGGGUCAGAGAGUCAUGUGCACCAGAGAAGGAGAGAGGCCAGCAGAGUGACAGUAAACACAAAAGUGUUGCUCACAGGGAACCACAAACGGUGUCUAAGCCUGAGCCAGAACAAGAACCUGCAGGUUCACAGAUGCAGCAGACAAAGCCACAGAGACUUUCCAGGUUUACAUGCGGCCGACGGGUCAAACCUGCACUGGCGCGGCCUCCGACUGAGGACAGCAAUCAUCCUUUUGCUCUGUAUGCUUCUGGUGAGAAGGAUGCAGACAUUGCGGGCAGAAAGACGCACAACGUCCGACCUGCUGCUUCGACCGAUCAGAUCCAUGCGUCCGCUCUAAGGGCAAAGUCCAGACGGGAGGCAGAGCGACAGGUCCAGACUCAGCGAUACGGGCGGCGCAGAACCAAGUCGGCCGAUAUAGACAAAGCCAGAAAGACGGUUCAGCCUGAGUUUAACCCUUGGCUCACUGAGUACAUGCGCUGCUUCUCUGCACGCUCUCGAUGAAACACAAACACACUUAACAACACAAAGCCAUUAUUGGCCAACACAUUAAUUGGCUAGUAGGCUAUCAUUGAAAGUCACUCGGAAAGACUUAAAAAGUGGCGGUGACAAUGUAAUCCUAAUGGAAACAUCUAGAAAUUUAGAUGUAGAGUCAGCUCUUUAGGAAUCUUAAAGCCAUACUUGGAUCCAGUCCCUUUAAACACAUGCUGAAUAAGAGGGGGCGACUAUUUCUUUACUAUUAAUGGACUAGUAGUGGUUCGCAUGCCUGGUUUAGGGUUUGAUUCUCAGCUCCAGCCUUCCCGUGUCGGGUUUGCAUGUUCUCCCCGUGCUUGCGUGGGUUUACUCCAGCUUCCUCCCACAUUCCUAAAACAUGCUUGUUCGGGUUAUUGAAGACUAAAUUGUCCAUCGGUGUGAAUGUGAGUGUAAAUGCUUGUUUAUGUAUAUGUGCCUUCUGAUAGAUGGCAACCAGUCCAGGGUGUAAAGUCGGCUAGGAUAGGCUCUAGCUCACCCGCAACCCUAAUAGGAUCAGCGCUCUAGAAAAUUAUACUCCAAGACUGAUUGCAAUGUGACUUUGUCAUUAGAAUGUGAUCAACACAAAAAAUGUGCAUCCCUUAUCGAAAACGUUUUAAGACCAUUGUUUUUUUUUUGUGUUUGACAUACAAAAAUGUCUGACAGUUUUACCCAUUGCUGUUGUAGAUGAACUGGUGAUAUUUUUACAAUUGAUGUAAUGUGCAUGGAUGCUAAUCACUCUCCCACUUUUUCCUAAGGUCAUCUGAUGACUGUGCGUGAGAGAUACUGCCAGUGUUGCAGUGGUUAUAUUCAGUGCUGUUUUACGUACUAGCUUAUCAGGUGUUUCAACCACGAAUGUUGAAUUGAUUCAUCAGAAUUGUAAUUUAAGACAUUUAAGGUUUAUGAGGCCAAAAUUGAAUCAAAUUCAUCAUAAAGUGGAUAUUAGGCCAAAUAAUCUCUAAUGGUAAAACAUUUAGCCCACUUGAAGGGCUAACUCAGAUCUGUGCCAUACAAUGAAAUUGAAGUGAGUUGAGGCCAAAAUAAUUGUGAUUUUGUUGUUGAGCAUUAGGUUUUACUGCACGUUUAAUGUAACUGAAACAGUAUAAUUCUAUAAAUAUAAUUUAGAAUAAAGAUGUGAAAUUUUGUGCAAUAUGAAGACACUGGAAAUAGUGUGAAGUUGGACAAUCUCAAAGCUGAAUCUUAAAGUUUGUUCCUCUUUUGCUUUACUUCUUGUUGAUAGAUGCUCUUUUUUCAGUGAAGAAUGUUCAUUUAUAUUACAGUAGUAAAAUAGAGCAGCAGAUAUUCAGUCUGCAUUAAAAGGUUUGGUUUAAUAUACAAGUUAGAUGUUUUCUUUUUUUCCUUUCUCCAUCUUCUUGACAUUAAUACAACUUACUCAUGAUAAAAGCAAUGUUACAACAACACGUAAAAGUUCCAUAUUUUUUGUCAUGUUUACCUUUUAAACUUUCAAUAAAUGCUGUUUACACCAGUCGUGUUUUUGUGUACCCACCAGGUUAUAGUUUUUUACAGUGAAAAACAACAAACAGAAUUUGCAAGUAAAUUAUAGAUUUGUACUUUUUUAUUUUAAAAACAUAUGCUUUGUCAUACACAAUAAAUUAAAAAUUAAUGAUAUUCCUAGUGAGAGAAAAGCAACGUGAAUAAAAUAUAAAUUCAGGAAAUUAAUCGAUGACACAAAUGUAAGAAAACCUGGUAUUGAGCAGACAAUGCCACCAUCAGAUUGACAACAUUUAUAUAAUACUCUUAAUUUGUAAUUCUCUUCUUGGUGUGCUAUAAAGUUUCCAUAACAGGGUCAAUGUACAAAAAAUGCUGAUAAUCAAAUAGCAUGUAUAUCAAAAUAUAAGAGGCCAUAGCUAAACUCAAAUUAAAUCUUAAGAAAAUUAAAACAAAAAACACCUUUGGGGGCAAAUUUAAACACCUCAGGCAAACAGGCAGUGAGCCAUUUUGCAAACAAUUGAUGAAAAAUACAUUUGAUUGAUUGAUUUGAUUGAUUGCCCCGUCGCCCCACCCCGCAACAGUCAAGUCAGGUGUCAUGUAAUCAAGCAACACAGAAAGUGAGGGACAUUUUUGUUUAAAUUCUAUGGAUGAAGCAUGCUACAGUGUCAGAUAUGUUGCUUAUGCUAAAUAAUG